AUGGCCACGGAGAUACCCAAGUCCGUUCAUACUGGACCAGACGACAGCUGGCACGGCAUGAUUGACAAGUCGUCUGACAACCCAUUUCAGCCAGAAAAGGGACGCUAUCACAUGUUUGUCGGCCUCUUCUGCCCGUUCGCCCAUCGUGCAAACCUUGUGCGUCACCUCAAAGGUCUGCAAGAUAUCAUUGAUAUCAGUAUUGUCAAGCCUUACCCGAAAGGCAAUGACAAGGGUUGGCCUGGCUGGCAGUUCCCUGAGUCGGAUGAUGAGUACCCCAAUGCUACUGUAGACAAGCUGUUUAGAUCCAAGUAUCUGCACGAGGUUUACUUCAAGGCCGACAAGGACUACAAGGGCCGCUACUCUGUACCUCUUCUGUGGGACAAGAAGACGAAUACCGCAGUCAACAAUACUGCAUUUAAUGAUCUGACCUCGCCCGAGAAGGCAAAGCUGACUCUAUACCCUGAGCACUUACGCCAGAAAAUUGACAAGAUUGCCGAGUGGAUGCAAUCAGACCUGAACACUGGUGUAUACAAGGCCGGUUUUGCGCCUGAUCAAGAGACCUACAACAAGAAUAUUCCACCAGUCUUUGGUGCUCUCAACAAGCUCGAGAAACUGCUUUACGAUGGUAAGGGUCCUUACAUUCUUGGUAAAGAAAUGACCGAGCUGGACAUCCGGCUUUACGCCACUCUGAUUCGCUUUGAUACUGUUUAUGUGCAGCACUUCAAAUGCAAUCUCGGUACAAUACGCCACGACUACCCAGUGUUGAAUAACUGGCUCAAAGGCAUGUACUGGAAUCAUGAGGAGUUUAGAAACACCACGGAUUUCAAACACAUCAAGGAGAAUGUGAGUUACUCAAUAACCGGACUCGAGGCAACACUGAUCAGAUACCAUAGNUACACCAAAAGCCACUAUGAUGUCAAUCCCAAGGCGAUCACACCAUUGGGUCCUUGGCCUCAUAUUGAGAAAGGUUACCAGGAGGAUUGGAGUAGGAUCUCUCCAGGGAGUAUUGAUAUGUCGGAAGUUCUGGAGCACGAGAAGACUCUGAAAGUGUAA